AUUCAAAAGGGCGAAAUGGGACAAAAGCGGAGAGGGGUUGCGCCGGGCUUUCUUGCUGAGCUUGGGCAUUCCCCUCCGGCCCCUUCCUUCCUUCCUUCCUUCUGCCCCUCCCUCGCUCCCGCCUUCAGGAAUCCCGGGGGCGGGGCUAGCCCGGAAGAGCCAGAGGCGCGUGCGUCAAGGCGCGUGCGCGCGUGGCAAGUCGGGGUCCCAGAGCCGCCGGGCUGGGAGAGGAGCGUCGGGAAAUCGCGGGGCCCAGUGUUCCUCACAGAGGAUAAAGCCAAUUCUGUCUUAAAAAGAUACCCCCGGGCCAAUGGACUUUUGGAAGAAUUAAAACAGGGAAACAUUGAACGUGAAUGCUAUGAGGAGCGCUGUGAUAAGGAAGAGGCAAGAGAAGCGUUUGAAAACGAUGAGAAGACAAUGGAGUUUUGGAAAGAGUAUACACAUGGACUUCAUGGAGAAAGUAAUGCAGGACACAACUGGUAUCCAUUUUAUCUUGUGUUCCCGUUAAUCAUUGGCCUUUUCAUCAUUCUUCUGAUCAUAUUUCUCACCUGGAGGUGCCUGUUCAAAAAGAAAAUGCGCCGAAGGUCCAUGUAUGCACAUAGCAGAACCAGAGAAUCCUCUGGCAACACAACAAUUGGUGAUGGUAGAAGUUCCCUUCCUCAGCCACUUAGCAUUCUUCAUUCUCCCCAGGAAGAGAUGUUUGAAGAUAAUGGACACUCCCCGGGAUAUUUUAGCUACAUGGAUGGGCAUGCAGAUUCAGUAUCAAUAAGGCUUUCAAGCUGUGACCCACCACCAUCAUAUGAAGAAGUUGCUGGUGAAAUCUCUGGUGAAAGUGGCAUGAGAAGAAUUCAAACUGCAAGUCCCUUGGAUCCGCCUCCCCAGUAUGAAGACAUCAUGAAUAGCAUGUCAGUACCUCCAGUUACUAUCAAAUGAUCCAAGAGGAAUGAAUACCUGCUCGUUUCUUAGGAGGAUUUUUUAAAUUCAAAAAAACCUUAAGACUUUGAGCACCUUAUUUCAGCUUGAUGUUUAUACCUAUAACAGUUCUUAAUGCAUUACACCAUUUUCUCUUAUAUUGCAAAUUUGGUUUGCUUUUUGGGAUUUCCUGCCAUCCCCCCAGAAAAGGAAAACAGUCUACAAUAAUCACUAUGUAUAGUUCCAGAGGUGCCAUUUCAAUUGGUUGCUAUUCCUUUCUAUACUGAAAGUGGGUUUGGAGUUACAGACAUAAAGGGCUCAAUAAUAGCAAUACAAAAAGGGAGUUGAAUCAAAAUGGCAAUUUUUUCCACAGCCAAACAGAAGCAAAUAAAUUCCUUGGCACAAAGGGUUAUACUGAUCGUAACCAAAGAGAGCCGAUGGCCAUAAGUAAAGAAAUUGGAAAUAGUUAUGAAAAAUGCAGUAUGUGGGUCACUUAACUGGUGUGUUUAAGCACAAAAGGUAUUUUUCUUGGGAAGUUACUCAGCAUUUCUAAUAUUAGAAUGUUGGAACCACAUAUUGACAGUCACAAUUACUUUUUGGUCUUCUCUUCCAUGCAGUUAGAACCAUACCUGCCUACUACAAUAAUAGUUAGGAAUACAAAAGUUAAUGGAAUGGGGAGGAGGGAAAUGUAACUAUAUGUGGCUAAUACACAAAUCAUCACUGCACCAUAUGUCCAUAUGUAUUGUUCUUGUACCAGGUAUCAAAUAUGCAAUGAUCAAGUAGUCUACCUGUCUGGAUAAACCUUUUCCUUAAUUUACUGAGAAGAACAUAGUCCCACUGUAUUACUUAACUCUGGGGUCCAAUGGAAGUGAAUCUUACCAGUUUUUCACUGCAUUUCAGCCAUUUGCCCACAUUUAUUUUGGUUUUCUUCCUUUCAAGGUAGGAGAAGGAUCACUGCUCUGGGCUGCAAUAUUGAGCUUUUGAGUUGGAUUAGCUUUUUUACCUCAACAAAGAAGUUCCUUUAAAGAUGGCUGUUCUCUGUUUUGUGUGUGUGUGUGCUAACUUUUAAAGGCAGAUCAUAAUACUAUAUUUAUACCAGGAAAUUGAAAGUGAACUCUUUCAGGAAUUGUUUAUUGAUAUCGGAUUGUGAGUUGUUUUGUGGAUGGAUGAUGGAUUUCAGAAAUUACUCCUCACAACACACUAGUGAUUCUCCCAGGUGACAUUAGUUGGCAGUGAGUUUGACAGUGGUGUAGGCCAAAACAUCCGGGGACCUACAGGUUGAGAACCACUGCAUAGAGAUACAUAUUUUCAGUGGGCAUCGCCUUCACCCCUUCAUCUUCAUGGGAUGAUGACAUAAACCUUUAAGAAGUAAAGGAAUAAGGCAGUAAGGGAAGAAGUUAUGCUGUUCAUGGAACUUGAAGGUAAAAGAUGGAAUUAAUUGAGCUUUUGAUCUGCUUGUUUGGUUAAACAUCAUUUUUCCUGUGGUGUUCUCAGUUGUGGCUGUUAGAAUACAAAAUCAGGUUUUUGUUUUUAUGUGAGACUGUUUUUAAUCUGCUGCUGUUAUUUGAAGUGGGUAUAUUUUCAUGAACUCUGGAAAUAACUCAUUAUGAUGAAUGCAGAACCAUGUUGGAGUGGUUUUUCCAAGUGUUAUUAAAUGGAACAAAGUAGUGUUAAUUUUUACAGCUUUAUAUAUAAUUAUCCUCUGCUUUUUCCCCUUUGCUUGUCUGCAUUUGCUGCCUUGUGUGUUCCCUUUUCUGUUUCUGCCUUCUAACCAAUUUCUCAAGACUUUCGCAUUUGGAUCAGUGAUAGUCAUUGUUGGCACUAAAUCAAGAAAAAGCCACUUGAAUCUGUUCAUAUAUUAUACAGUACUGUACCACUGACUCUCAUUUCUUGGUUCUCAACAAGGCACAUCUAUAUUUUCCAUGAGGGAAUUGAUAAUUUUUACUUUUUUACAAGGGUCAGCUUUCCUUCUUAGAGGAAUUAAUCAUCCUUUCUGUAGCAGGGAAGUUUUUACUUUCUUGAUUGUGACCACUUAUCAGUCUUCCCCCAUCUCCCAAAUAAUUAAUAACCUUGAGGAAUCUUUGCAAGCACUCAAAUAUACUUGGUCAAAAAAGCCCAUUCAGUAAACUUAACUAAUUUUGGCAGAGUUAUUCUUCAGCAAACUGCUUACCUUUGUUUAUGUCAAUUAUAUAUUAGUAUACACUGAUAUGUACACAAUCACCUAAAAAUACUACUGCCAAAAGGUUUAUUUUAAUAUGUACAGGAAGAAAUUGACAAGUGUGCAUAACGUGGUGUAAGUUUGGUCUUUUGAGUCACAUUCAUCUAAUAACCCAUUGUGGGUGGUCCCGAUGCCUGUUUUUGGUUUUUUAAAAUUUUGCUACAACACACUUGGUCAGAAUUCAUUUAUUCCUGUGUUAAGGUGCUUCAUGUCUAUUCUACAAAUUAUUUGUGGUGCAGCAGAGAGAAAUCUAGACUUCUGGGCAAUUAUGUGUUGGUUUCUGUGUUGCUGUGCACCAAGAAUAAAAAUAGUAUGAGUUUUUUUAAUAACUAAAAUACAAAUAUCUGCUUUCACAGUACUUCAGUUUGUUCCUACCUUUGUAGAUGUUUUUUUUUCUUUUGUUGCAGUGAUUCCAGUUCUAUGAACUAUUGAAACUAUUGAACUAUUGAACUAUGUGAACUAUUGAAAUUCUAAUAUUCCAAUUAGAAUAUUUUUCUGCUUUGCCAUUUUGAUUUGAUCAAAUUUAAAUAAUCCAGCAUACAGCAAUUUAUACAGAGCUUUUAUUUUUUCAUUAUAUACUUAACUAUUUUUAAAUAAAAUUAUUGCCUUGCAAUGUAAUAUAAUAAGACAUAUAACCUCACAUCUCAGUGUUCUAGGUGUGUGAAUGUAUUAUUUUCGGUUGACUAUUAAUAGUUCAUACAUAAAGAAUAAAAUGUCAUUAUCUUGUGAUGUUCCAAAUACUUCUAAGUUACUAAAGACCAGUCAGAAUGUAGAAACUGUUGUUUUUUCCAAUAACUGUUUGACUCCUGUGACAAUUUGUUCAUUCUUUAAAAUACAUAAAUAACCUCAACUUGACUGCAGUAUUAAAUAUUUUUAUCUAUGGUUUACAUUUAAAUUGUGCUAUUUUAAAAAUACUUUGGGGGCUUUUAUGCUAAAUAAAGUUGGCUUUUCUUUUUUAAAAAAA